AUGCAGCAGCAAGGCAGCAGCAACGCGCAAAUCUGCAUUUUUCGUCUUGUGUGUCCUUUUCCCGUUUAUUUGCAUUUCCUGCCUCUGCAGAAUCCUCCGUCUUUGUUCUUUUUCAUUUUUAUAUUUAUAUUUAUAUUUCUUUUUAUUUUUAUUUUUAUUUUAUUUUUAUUUUUAUUUUUGUUUUCAACAGGCCGAGAGGAUGCUGCAGCUAAACCCCCACUUCGACUCCAUUGGCCCGCAGUUUGUGCAGGUGUACUACGAGACCUUCCGCAACAACAGGUGACUGCAGCAGCAGCAGCAGCAGCAGCAGCAGCAGCAGCAGCAAAAUGA